UUAAAUUUUGGGUCUUGAUGGAUAAGCUUUUUGUCCUAGGUCUUUUGAGUGCCUCUCUUCUUGUGUUUGUUUCUAGGGUUGCCAAUUGUGAUACCAUAUCAUCUUGUACCCAAACACCAUACCCUGAAAUAUGUAAUUCAUUCAUUACCUCUAAUCCUCUACUCACCUUAAAUGGGUUUCGUGAUGUAGCCCUAACUGUCACUUUGAACCAUGCUCAACAAGCCCAUAGUCUAAUUUCAGCUAUGGACUUGAGCUCCUUCGACGAGCCGGCAAAGGCAGCGCAUGCCGACUGUGCGGGGCUCUAUGACGACACGGUUAGCCAGCUUAAUCGUGUGUUAUUGUCUAACAAUUGGGAAGAUACUCAAACAUGGCUUAGUGCAGCAGUUACCAAUCAAGAAACAUGCAAAAAUGGGUUCAUGGAGCUCAACUCAGUUUCAUAUAUGUCUUCCUUACCUUCCAUGUUAAGUAACUUCUCAAAGUUGCUUAGUAACUCUCUUGCUAUAAACAACCAAGAAGCUUCAGCUUCAACAGUGUCUAGUAAACCAGGUGGUGGUGGUGGUGGUGGAAGAAGAUUGCUUUCUGGUGGUUUCCCUUCAUGGGUUUCUGCUGCUGAUAGAAAGCUUCUUAGUUCAUCAACAACAGCCUCACAAGCUAAUAUAGUGGUGGCUGCUGAUGGGUCUGGUAAUUAUAAGACCAUCUCUGAGGCUUUGUCUGCUUCAUCAAAGUUAAGGAGUGGAACUUCAAGAUUUGUUAUAUAUGUGAAGAGUGGAACUUACAAGGAGAACGUUCAGAUUACCAAGUCAAUGAAGAAUAUAAUGCUAAUAGGAGAUGGGAUUGAUGCCACCAUUGUUACAGGUAGUAAGAAUGUCCAAGAUGGUUCCACCACUUUCAACUCGGCUACAGUUGCUGCAGUCGGGGACGGUUUCAUCGCCAAGGCCAUGACCUUCCAAAACACGGCCGGACCACAGAAGUCCCAAGCGGUUGCAUUCCGUUCAAGCUCAGAUCAGUCAGUGUACUAUCAGUGUAGCUUCAAAGGUUACCAAGACACCUUAUAUGUCUACUCUCAACGUCAAUUCUACCGCAACUGCGACAUCUAUGGCACCGUAGACUUCAUUUUUGGUGAUGCAGUGGUUGUGUUCCAGAACUGCAACAUCUAUCCGAGAAAACCAUUGAGUGGCCAGGAGAACACAGUGACAGCUCAAGGCCGGACUGAUCCGAACGAGAACACCGGAAUAUCGAUCCACGAUUGCCAAAUUACGGCUGCUUCGGACUUAAAAUCAGUCCAGAGUUCAGUUAAAACUUACUUGGGAAGGCCAUGGAAGCAAUACUCAAGGACUGUUGUGAUGAAGACUUAUCUUGAUAGUUUGAUCGAUCCGGCAGGGUGGCUGGAAUGGACUGGCAAUUUUGCUCUAAGCACUCUUUACUAUGGAGAAUAUAUGAAUACUGGUCCGGGGUCGAGCACAAGCAAUCGAGUGAACUGGAAGGGGUAUCAUAUCAUGAGCACCUCUGAUGCCCAGGGGUUCACUGUUGCAAACUUCUUGGGUGGUGGUUCGUGGAUUUCAGCUGCCGGAGUCCCAUACACUUCCGGCCUAUAA